CGCCGUCCACCUCCGUGAAGCAUUCACUUGCUUCUUCCUCCGUCUCCUCUGUCCCAAUGGCUUCCUCGCCCUCUCAGCAGUACGCCUUCCGUGCACAGAAGUCCUUGGGUCUCAUAGGUGGUACCCCAAACUAUGAGGCCGUAGACAGCUUCCAAGGACCCGACGUACCCGCACGUACAUAUCAUUACAGUGCGGACGGCCGUCUCUUCGCCUACGCGGUGCCGACCGGGGUCCGCAUCUACCAGGCAGAGAGCGUGCAGCUGCUGCAGGAACUCGCGCUCCCGAACAUCGUCGAGAUCAACUUCUCGCCGCGAGGCACCUACCUCUCGACGUGGGAGCGGCUAGUUAAGCUCGAGGAUGGCGCCCAGCACAAGAACCUGCGAGUGUUCUCGGUUUCGACCGGUGAGGAGCUUGUGGCCUUUACUCAGAAGUCACUGGAGGAAUGGGAUCUGCAAUAUACCAUAACCGAGUCGCAUGCCGUCCGGUUGGUAGGACAGGAGAUUCAGGUGUUCCGCCCUGCAGAGUGGUCUAGCGGUGUUGUGGACAAACUCAAGGUUGAGGGCGCGACAAACAUUGUGUUGAGCCCGGGCUUGAACCCCUCUGUGGCUGUCUUCAUUGCCCAGAAAAAGGCUGCACCUGCUAGCGUGAAGAUCUACGGCUUGAUGGGCCUUGCAGGGGCACCCACUUGUCAGAAGACAUUCUUCAAGGCUGACAAGUCCACAAUCAAGUGGAACACUCUCGGAACACAAGUGUUGAUUCUGACGCAGACCGAGGUCGACCAGGCCAACAAGAGUUAUUAUGGCGAGACUGGAGGGAUGUAUCUCUUGAGUGCAGCGGGCAAUUUCGACUGUCGCAUUACAUUGGACAAGGAGGGUCCGGUGCACGAUUUCGCAUGGAGUCCGAACUCGAAAGAGUUUGGCGUGAUCUACGGAUAUAUGCCUGCGAAGGCCACGCUACUUGAUCAGCGUGCACGUACUCUUCACGACUUCGGAACGGCCUUCUUCAACUUCAUCUCGUUCAACCCGCAAGGGCGUCUUCUUGCUAUGGCAGGGUUUGGCAACCUUGCGGGAAGGGCCGAUAUCUACGAUCGUCGUACGUUGACGAAGGUCACUAGCAUUGACGCUUCCAACACCUCGCACUGCGAGUGGUCUCCCGAUGGCCGUUUCCUCUUGACUGCGACGCUUUCCCCGCGGCUCCGUGUCGACAAUGGUAUCAAGAUCUGGCACUGCACCGGUCCGCUGGUGCAUGUCCACCCUGUCGACGACCUGUAUCAAGCGUCGUGGCGACCAACGCCCGUCGACGCUGCCCCACCUUUCCCCCAGAACAUCCCAGUAGCUCCUGCACCGGCCCUCAGCGUCCAGACGCACGCGGCCAUCGCGAAACCCGCAGCUGCCAGACCCGCCGGAGCCUACCGUCCUCCUGGCGCUCGGGGUCUUGAGGCCUCUUUGGUCUACAAGCGAGACGACGACUCGCCGAGCGCGCCCUCGACCCCGAACGGGCGGUACAGUCGGAGCCCCGCCCCAGGACGCAUCAAUGGCAACGGUCGUAAGCACGUCCCGGGUGCACCAACAUCGCCUUCACCGGUGUGCAAUGGGGCAGCCGAACCGGAGAAGCGUGGCCGGAAGAAGAAGGGCCCGAAGAAAGACAAGGAAGGCGGCCCGGCUGGGGAGGACUUAUCACGCCCGUCCAUUGAGAUCCAGGUGAACGGGGCGCCGGAGCAGCCCCCCAGUCCUGUUGACGCGUCGGUCCCGCCAACGCCUGGUGUCGAUGCGGCCGUACUGGAUCCGAUCGCUAAGAAGGUCCGCAAUCUGAACAAAAAGCUCAAAGCCAUCGAGGAGCUCAAGGAGAAGGCCAAGAAGGGCGACCGGCUGGAGGCGACACAGCUGAAGAAGAUCGAAUCCGAGGCGGAGAUACGGAAAGAGCUCGGCGCACUCGGUAUCUCGUAGACCGCUUAUCCUCCUUCCUGUGCUGUCGGUCGGUUUGUUGGGGGCAGCGUUGUUUAAUGUUAGACGCACAUUUGCUAUGUAUCAUUGCGCACAUGGACAUUGUUAUCGUCACUGGAGGUGUUUAGCUAAUCAGGACCGCUUCCGGCACGGCCCAAAACCCAAAGCCUGAUUGUCCGAAGAUC